CUUGAUCUCUCCGGGGUCGUGUUGUUCUACCAGUGGGUGGGUUACCUGCUCCUCUGUUCUCUGUUCCUCCUCUUCCUGUUCCUGCCGAAACUAUACCCGACCGCCAAAGCGGGACCUUCCAUCUUCCGGUCGUUUAUCGAGUGCCACUUCUUCGCCCACCAGUCCGGGUCUGCUAGUAGUGGUCGAGCCACUUCUUUCAUCGGGGGCUUCUUCGAUCCGACAGGGGCUGGUGCGUUCCCACCACCACAGGCGCAGGUGGACGCGCCGUCGAGAGGACGCAGCGGUAAUUUUCUUCGCGACCGGCUGCUCCUUUUGCUUCCUGUUUCCCUUCUUCUACCUGGAGGGGGUGGGGAGGAGUAUCAUGCAGACGCCGCAUAUCGAAGUGUCAGAAUCUGAAUAUGACAAAAUCGAAAAAUUUGUGAUGCACAAACUCGAUGCCAGUUAGACCCACAGUUUGUAGUCGGCGCAUGACAAAUUUUCCCCGCCUUGGAAGCGCAUCCGUGAUGCGGUUUAUUGCAAAAGAGCUGCCUUCUGUCAUGCUAGUCAGCAGCCCAACUGUUGACCCGUGCCAGGACUAUGAUCGGCCUCCCUUGCAGUCUCUGCAAUAGAGUCCGUUUUUGCGUAGCAUUUUAUGCAUUAUACAGAUUAUUCCGACUUUAUCGAUUUCGAUCCUGACACUCCCAUACCGCAGCAGGAGAUGGACACGCAGCUGCAGGGUCAUGGCCCUCUACGGGUGGUGUAGAUGUGCCCGUUGUACACGAGCGGAUCCAGCGCCACCUUCUGCGAGGAACCGCCGCGGUGGACCCGGCUGCAAAAGACGUUCCGGUGGACCCCCACGAUUUGCUGGACUUCACGAUCAACCUGAAGGCUCUCUAUCCUGAGUAAAAACGUCCCCACCCCAUAGCUGUCAUGCAGAUUUGCGAUUACAGGACGAUUUGUAAUGCGCAUCUCCAUGAGAGGCAUUUCCAAUCGCGUUUUGGAAUUUGUAAUGCUGUAAAGAGGAUAAGCAGACGGCUUUGUGAUCUAUGGUUGUCCUUGCUAACAUGCACUACACUACGCACUGCAACUUCUCAUGCGUGGCUCCCAAAACUUGUGGAUUUGUCUUGCUAGGUUCGCAACUUGACUAUGGGGUGGGGACGUUUUUACAUAUGAUACUCUCUUCCUGGUCUUCUUCUUCCCCGUGUUCUUCGCCUGGCUGCUGUAUUUCAAGCACCG